CAAAAAAGGAAAGAAAAAAAGAAGAGAAUAAUAAUGGCAACGGAUGCGAUACGUCAGGCCAUAAUCGCCAGUUUAUUUUCCUCGGAUACCGGUGGAGGAGCAGAGAGACUCUUGAUACAUGUUAAAGUCUUUGAAGAUGUCAAACAGACAGAUGGUGGUGGAAAUGUCCGAUCGCCAAAUAUUAUGGGCAAACCUCGAUACCUCUGCCUGACGCAAAAAAGAAAUAAGGUUCGACUUUACAAGACCAAACGCAACCAGGCAGGAACUUUUAGUAUAGGAAAGGCAUGGUCAUUGGAUGAUAUCCGACAGAUCGAAGUUAUUGAUGCAAAUCAAUUUGCUAUGACCUUAAACAAGCAGUAUCUUUGGGCAGUGGAGAUACCGCGCGACAAGAUGAUUUUUUUGGCACAUGUAGUAGAUGCAUGCCAACGAUUCUUAAGCAGAGUACCAAAACUAGUCAACGUAGAUGAAGCAUAUCUUUUACGAUUUCUUAACAACUCUACAUCUUUACCCGUGUCCCCAACGACAGCCUCUCCGCAUAUUCAAUCACCAUCUAUCAACAGUGAUGAUGCAUCGGCUAAUAUACCUUACUCACAGCACGAUGCCUCAUUUCAAUCUCUAGCACCUCCUGCACCAUAUGGCCCACUUUAUCCAGUCCAAAAUUCAGAUCGAAACUUGGGAAUGGUCGAUAGCCCUAUGGCAAUACAAUCUCCUAUGUUACCCCCUCCACCAAUCAUUUUAGCACCUCCUCCUCCUCCUUCUCCCUCCACCCGUAUAGACGAUUCUCCGCGUAUAUUGAUGGAAGCCAAAGAAAGAGAACGAGAGGAACGUAAGGAACGAGAUCGUGCUAGAGAAUUACGACGAGAACGAGAGAAGCGAGAAAAGGCUGUCGAAGAGGAAAAAGCAAAACGAAAACUCAUGGCUGACAUGCAAGAUAAGAUGGCCGAACAGGCUUCGUUGAUGAAUGUGGAAGAAUUGCUGACGGACUUUAACUGGAAAGCGAGCGGUAAUGCAGCUGCACUUGAAAAACGAUUAUUGGGUGAAUUACAUGCUCUGGAGGCUGCAAAUGUACACGCUAUUAUUCAAUCAGAUGAAAGAGUACGCUCAGUGGUACAGCACAUAGAUAAUGCACUGGACGAAUUAGAUAGUAUGGAAAGCUGGCUAUUACUGUACAGCGCUGAAUUGAAUGCAAGUGUGAAUAAUAUUAAUAGCAAUAAUAAAAGCACGCUUAGUAUGGGCGAUGAUAUUCGUGAGAUCGAAUCUCAAAAUAGAGGUCUUCAGAUCCUCACUUCAAAUCAGCAUCAUCUAAUCACGGAGCUGGAUGAAUUAUUGAGUGCUAUAUCUAUUCCACGAGCAUGUCUUGAGAGUCUCAAAUUUGAUCCAAUGGAUACUGUAGAUGAUAUUGAACGUAUACAAUCUUCAGCUGAACGCCUUCAAAAAGUUCUCAAAAUUAAAUUGGAUGGUGGUCUUCAGGAUAUGCAUGCAGUGCAGGAGAAGUUAGAGACCUAUAAUGUACACAGUAACACGUUCUGCUCUCGCAUCAACGAUUUCUUAAAGAAACAGUUUGAUCAACAGGCCAAAAUCCUAGCAGAUUCCAGAACAAGAUCUCAGCCUACUGUAUCUGUGCGAAAACCACAAUCUAUUGUAGCCCAGCCUCACGAAAGUGUUGAAGAUGGAUUAAUCCGAUACCAAGGAUUUUCUCUGUGGGAAAAAGAGUUGGAACCACGCAUGUACAAUGAACUACAAAGAUACUAUGCACAAACCAUGGCCCCUUUAUACGAGAAAGAUAUUCGUGAAUUAAUGGAUGCCACCCGUGGUUUUUACUCUACAUUACGUAACCGAGGUCUUGAUGAACUUGAAUACAUUUUUAGACCAGAAGAGUCGAGGCCAGUACGUGCACUUGCUUAUGGGGCGGAUAAACUUCGAGGAGGAGAUGAAUCACGAACACAUCGCUAUCGCCAUAUAUUACGUGGAUCUGUCGAAGGCAUGAAUUCUCCCGGGCUAACCGCAGCAAGUGGAGGUAACACUCGUGGCGGAUUGGAUGAAGAAGAAAAACUGGCAGAUGAUGCAUUCUCUCAAAUGAUUAGUCAAGGAGCUAUGCUGGUCGGCCGAGAGCAAAAUUUUAUGAGUGAUCUCUUCCAGAUAGCACCAAAUGCACCAAAAUCAUUUUUGGAGCGUGGACCAGUCUUUACACAAGUUCCAAGUGUAGCAGAUUUGUGUGAACGACGAGAGAAGAUUCGAGAUGUCAAGAUUUCUAAGAAAAUUCUGAACUGGAUGGAAUUGCUAUUUGAGACAUUAGAGCCAAGUCUUGUAAGCUUGAUUGAAUACGGUGUUAAGAGUGAUCCAACACAAACUGUCAGCAUGAUGUCUUCAGUGGAAUUUCAACAGGAAGAAAGAAAAGAAUCUGAUCAGGAAUUUAUGCUCAGACUGUGCUCUUCUUUAAUGCAGCGAUUAAAGCGCAUGUUUGAGCGUUUUAUUACUGAUCAGAUUCGUAUCAUUGAAGAAACAAAAGUUAGCUCAAAGAAACGACGAGGAAUUCUUCCGUUCUUCAGGACCUUCCCUAUUUUUGCAUUACGACUUGAGAUAGCCGCUGCUACAAUUGAGCCCGAAUCUGAGACCCGCAAGACGGUAAAUGAAGCCUAUGAAAGAGUUAUCAAUGGUAUGAUGGCCAGUCUGGACAGUAUUGCGCGGGAAAGUGACCAAACAGGCGAUGACAAGGAACAGCUGAAUGCAAACAUUAUGUAUAUUGAAAACAUGCAUCAUUUUUAUCAUGAACUGAGAACUCAUAAGCUUCAUGUUUUGGAACGAUGGAUCAAACAUGCAAAAUCUCAGUAUGAUAGUCGUCUAAAUGCUUACAUCAAAGUCAUCAUUCGGCGACCUUUGGGCAAACUUCUGGAAUUCUUUGAGGGUGUUGAGGCAAUGAUGCACACUAGUACACCUGAGGAAGUAUCAUUUCACACAAAUUACAACAAAAUCCAACUUCGUAAAGUUAUUAUGCUAUAUCCGGCAAAAGAAAUAAAAAAGUCUCUGGAGCUGCUCUAUAGACGAGUAGACAAGCAUUUUUCCGAAGAAGAAGGAUUGUUGCAGGUAGUUUGGCGUGGUAUCCAAGAAGAAUUCAUUCGUCAACAUGAAAAAAUGGAGGAUUUGAUUCAGAAGUGCUACCCAGAUGCAGGUGUUCACCUUGAAUUCACUAUUCAGGACUUGCUAGCUAUGAUGAGUGAGCUUGCUCGCAAAGUAAAUGGCUAAACUUUAUUCCUUACCUUCUCUCUCUAUAUAUAUAUAUAAAACACAAGUUUAUACGUUACAAUCCAUAAUGCUAAAUAAUAUACUUCUAGUAAAGGGUUACAUAAAGUAUAAUGCUGUAAAAAGUUGCUACAUUUUAGCAAUAUUUAAUUCCAAU